AUGCCCGCCGCCGCAGUUGCCGACAAGGUCGUGGAGCGAUCAGGAGUAUGGCUACGCCACUUCAAAAUGGAUGACGGAGCAAAUGGUAUCGGCGGCGUGUUAGCGCGGAGCCAACCUUGGAAGGCGUGGGCCCUGGGGUGCCCACAGGUCCGUGGACGGGUCCACGCCGGGGCCCCGGGCCGGUAA